AUGACUUGUCUGCUGCUCGUAUCCACAUUUUUCCUCAUUAUUGAUUACUUAAGCUACAAGACUGCAUGGCAUACGCGGCAACUUCUAGAUCACAAAACAACUUUCCCCUCCAUCACACUGUGUGCUCACAAUCCUUUCUCAUUAGAAGCCAAUAGCCUCUGGCAUCGUGGUGAAGUCCCCAGCCCUAGGGAAAUAAAGGCUCGUUAUGCUCAUUUGGCAUUGCGUAUGCUGCAACAGGGUAACUGGACCCAGGCAGUGAACUUUGCCUUUUCAGAUACAAUUGAAAUGUACUAUACCAAUCUAGAUGCUCAGAUGACUUAUAAAGUUGGGCACGAUCACGAAAUGAUCCCUUAUUGUAUGGUGUAUUAUGAAAGCUCACUAGUUGUUGCAGAAAAGUGUGACCUAGAAUCAGAAACCUCCUUGAGACGCACUCGCUUCUCCCAUCCAAAAUACUUCAACUGUUGGACCAUAGAAAGGCAGCCGAGACAAACGACGGACGACGUGAUCCGCCUAAUAUUGCUCGUACGCUUGGUUCCAUCCAAGGAGAUUGUGGAGGCUAAUUCCUCCUUCAUAAUGGACACCUUCACACGUGGUGAGGGUAUCAAAGUGAUAGUUCAUGAACCGGGCACUUACCCAGAAAUUGAAAAACAUGGGUUAAACAUUCAACCAAAUCGUAUGAACGAAAUCACCUACACUACGUUACAGUGGAAUCGCUUAGCGACGCCUGUUGCCCCAUGUACCAAUCAACAAACCCAAAUUGUAGACUUGGGUAUGAAUUACACUUAUGAGCACACGCCAUGUCUGAACAUUGUGUUACAGGAAGAAUUGAUUAAGAAAUGCGGUUGCGUACAUACUGAAUGGCCCAGACCUGUUGGGGACCAACAAAUUGUGAAGCAAAUCCCUUACUGUACAACGUUGGAUAGGAAUGGCAGUGAUAUCCAUGUGGCCAUUCGCGCAACAGAACGUCUGCAUUGCAUUGGGACUGUUUUGGACCGUAUACGCGAGAUCAAGGAGGAGGCGGAAAGGUCAGGACGUUGUAUACAUCGAUGUAAUUAUUUCACCUAUCACACGGAACUCAGUGUGACCAAAUGGGACCCAAGUCCAUCUAAACUCAGCAGUUAUGCAUACAACUAUCGCCGCGUUGAUCAAUUUAUGCAGAAUCCGGAAAAUGGAACCACCUUUUCAGCUUUAAUUGACCAUUUGAACGAGACAGUUCACGAAGCAGAACACGGAGAAUUUAAUAUCGUAAAAGACCGAGAGCUGCAAUUUGGUACAUAUGAAGGCUUCGGCGAUGGAACUUUCUCCUACAUAAGUUUAAUUCGUCAGGGUUUCGAAACGGAGGUAAAAGAGGAACGCUUAAUUUUGGAUAUAUAUAUAUUGCUUUCACGGAUUGGGGGACUUUGCUCUCUGUGUAUUGGAUUAACAAUGGCUUUUUUCAUCGAGAUCAUAGAAUUUGCAUAUUUUCUAUGUAUUGCAUUAAAACGUAAACUUAAAAAGUUGAGGCGCAAGCCGAAAACUCACUCAGCGGAGUGCAAGAUUUCCAACAAAAUAGCAAGAAAGAACCGUGAGGCGGAGCAUGUGGAAUACUAUCUACCAACAAGAGAGAAUCAUCAAGUCUCGCCUUCAACAACUUCGAUCAUUCAACCCAGCUGUGGCCCGAUUAAGCAAUACUAUGAUUCGAAUGAUUACCUCCAAAUCGAAUCUAAUCGGCCAAUCAUUAGUUAAAAUUACAAAAUUAUGUGGGCCAAGGAGUUCUGUUGCAUUUUUAUCCAUUAAAUACUUUAAAAAAGAGGGAUGUUCUGGACGAUACACAGGAGGUUUGUCACAGUCACCCAUGAGUCUGAAUCAUUCAUCUGUGUUCUGAUCAUCGACAUGCUUCUCCUUCCUUCAUACUCUCCUUCUGUCCGUCCUAAUAAAACAGAAUAUCGGAUGUGUGGGGAAAACUAUGGCAAGUGGUUCAACACUUGUCGGCUACCGGUGCGUCGAAUUAUUUUUCUGAUUCGCACAAUUGUUAAAUGUUUUACAAGAUAUAUUUUAUGG